AUGCCUCCACGCCGUGCCCCCGCACCCAAAAAGGAGGCCGCCAAGGAUCUGCUUUUCGUCCUCAUACCGAUGGACGACGAGGCGGAAGCCAUCAUAUCCCUGAAUCCCGACCAUACGACGCAGCACUUCGGGGUGCGAGUUCUCGCUUGCUAUGCCGACCGUCGUUCCAAGAUUCCGGGGCGGCUCUUGUCAUUUGGGCGGAAUGACACUCACGACAUCCGACUACCGUCGGAACCCCCAGUCCCCGGGCCGAGGACCGGCAAUGGCCGCAAUGCUGACGGGGCAAGACGCGCCCGCAGCUAUGGAAAUUAUCGCAACGACCACUUCUUUUUCUUUCUUGCUCCAUCCGGCGAGCUGAUGCUCCGCGAUCUUUCGCCCUGUUUGACGACCAUCGAGCUUGAGAAUUCCACCCCUGUCGAGGCGCAUUUGUACGCCCUUCACGGCAAGAAUCCGCGCCAGCGAGCCAUACCCCGAACCAGCAGGACGAUGUACAUUACCUUUGGCACAUCCACUUGCUUCAAGCUCACAUGGGCUCGAACCUACCAAGGCGAGUCGGACAUGACGGACUUUGUGGUCCAGGGUGAGCUGGCCGGGAAGGCACUCGCCCACCACAUGCGUGGCAUGACCCUCACCGCCCCAGACGAGGAUACACUCGCGCCACCCAUGUACCAUUCCCGCGAGCUCCGCAGCCGCUACACCCCCUCCGGGGGCUCAUCCCUCGCCGGCCGCAAUAGGUCCAUCCACAAGUACGGCGUGUUGGGUUCCGGCACGUUUGGAGAAGUGUCAAAAGUUGUGGAACUGUCUUCGGGCGAGCUGUGGGCGGUCAAAGAGAUCAAGGGAGAUAAAGCUCACGACUACUGGAAACAGUGCUUUUUGGCCGAGGUCGAGCUCCUCCUAACACUCCGUCAUGACCACAUUGUGCAUUUCGAGACCUACCAAGACUUCCGGAUCGGCGGUCGUUUCCAACUUUUUUUCGGACUAUAUAGGGGUAACGUAACCGAUUUGAUGCCCCAGCACUCGUGCGACGGUGCGGGGAGACAUCAGCCCGCUUUCUGGUCCACCAUUGUCGUCCAGAUGUGUUCCGCCGUUGAAUACCUCCACGCAAAAGGGAUAGUCCACCGGGACAUCAAGCCUCAGAACAUCAUGUAUGACCAUGCCCAUGGAAGCGGUGAUGUGAACUUCUUUCUCGGAGACUUUGGUCUGUCCAAUACCGCAGCCGCCAUGAAAAAGGAGACGCCGGGCGGCGGUACCCCCUUCUACAACGCCCCCGAAAUUGCCCGCACCAAUACCCCGACAACGGCCUCGGACAUAUGGGCCCUUGGUAUUAUGUUCGGCCAGCUUCUCCAGUACUGGUGCUACAAGGACUCGAAAAGAAGCGUCGAUUUCUGGAAUAGGAAGCUUGCCGCCUAUGGCUGCACCAACUUCGUCCACAAAGACCCUCCUUCGACGCUUCACCAAUGGGACACGAAGUGGCCGACCAGGGCCCUUUCCUUUGCUCAAAACACCCUCAUCCCCGUCACCCUCGCGCGCAUGAUGAGCGCGACCCCAGACCGGCGCCCGACAGCGGCGCAGUUAGCACAGACUCACAUCGACGACUUCACCAAGAUCCCGCAAAUGCCCGCAGCAAUGAACCCAUCAUUAAACCCGACCACGAAAACAGCGGCAAAGCCCUCAGGCGCCCCCGGGCUGAAGACGGCGAAGGAUUUGGCAAUGAACGCAGCGGCUGGCCCCACGUAUGCCCCCGUCCACGACCAACCUGGCUUCCAGCACAACCCACGCCAGGCAAACGCCCCCGGGCAAAACCUCUUUGCGCUACCGCCAAACCCCCCCAAGCACCAGAACCCUGCCCCCAUCUACACCUCCGCCGACCUCAACUUCCUAAAACCCACGCAUCAAACGACCGGGCCCAAGGCAGGCCAACCACAGUCAGGCUACAUGCCCUACCCCCGGCAGCCCCCACCCCCCACAGCCAACGCAAACCCAAGGCCCACCCCAGCCGGGUACCCGGCACCAAACGGCGGCGGUGGAGGCGGCAUGUAUCGCCAUCCCGCGGCGCCACCACCCCCCACCACCACCGGCAACCCUCGAUCAACAGCAACAGCGGCCGCAGUCGCAGCAGCAGAUCGAUACACGCACCAGCGCCCGCUGGCCGGCGCUCCCGCACGCACCCCUCUCCCGAACGCGAGGCCGACGGCGGACAAUACGCCCAGGUCAAUGCAACAGCAGAGGGUGUCUAAGCCCACGGGUCCGCCGCCGGGGGUGAGGCAGGAUUCGAAGUCGUUGGGAGGGUUGUUUGGGGGUAGGCGGUGA